AGCCAUAGCCAUCUAUUACGCGAGCUCAUGUCUCCAGCGUUGUCCGUUUUUGGUUAUAUCUGAACGUGUGUCAAGAGUUGGUUUGAAGUAAUAGUGUUUCUAAUAAACUAUUAAAAAUGUCAGAGGUUUCUAUGUCAGAGGCGCCGCACUUGCAGCAAAUUGAUCUGACAACAUUAAAUCUCCAACAACUCACGUCGUUAAAACAACAAUUGGAUCUAGACCUCGGUAUCUUUCAAGAUUCUUUGCAAACCUUAAAAAUAGCACAAACUAAAUUCCAAGAAUCUGGAUCAUGUCUUGAGAAAGUUACUCCAGCUAUGGAGGGUAAUGAAGUUCUUGUACCAUUAACUGGGUCAAUGUACGUGGUAGGAAAGCUUGCAGACACAAGUAAUGUUUUAUUUGACAUUGGAACUGGUUACUAUAUACAGAAGAAUGUAUCAGACGCAAAGGAGUACUUUGAAAGAAGAGUGGGUUACAUCACUACGCAACUAGAAAACAUUCAGCAGCUGGGACUUGAGAAGAGUAAAGUCAGAGAUGCAGUAGUGGAUGUGAUAGAAAUGAAACUUCAAAACCAAAUGCAAAAAGAGGGAUCAGAGCAUACGUAAAAUACUAACAGGUUAUUUGAACUAAACAUUUUAAAUGCAAUUUAUUCAUUACUUGUGUCAAUUUUCAUUAAUAAUAUUACUAAGUUGGCUCAGUCUCUAUUUCACUAUUAAAUUUGGAUGAUAAUUAUGCUGUAUGUUAACAUGAGAUUAAUUAAAUUUCAUAGCCAUAAGGGGAUACCAAAUUGUUUAUUUAAUUUUCAAUUCAACAGCUAUUGUUAUGUACAGCUAUUACGUAAGCUUUGAUAAAUUAUUAAAGGAUUUUAUCUCGUAUAGCAGCUGUAAGAAUAAUAAAGAAUAAUUUUAUCUAUUACUAUA